AUGUUGUUAUUCCAAGAAUUUGAUUUAGAUAUUAAAGAUAAGAGUGGAGCUAAAAAUUUGAUGGCAGAUCAUUUGAGCAAAAGAGAAAUGGAUGAGGACCCCACCCCCAUUCACGAUGACUUCCUUGAUGAGCAACAGCUACAGUUGCAUGAGUGGGUGGAAGCAAUAACCACUAGGAAUAAUGAUUCUAAGGUUGUUGCAAGUUUUAUCAGGUCAAAUAUUUUUUGCAAGUUUGGAAUACCCCGAGCCAUGAUACGUGAUCAAGGACUUCAUUUUUGCAACCGCACCAUCGACGCUUUGCUUCGGAAGUAUGGUGUUGCGCACAAAGUUUCUAUACCUUAUCAUCCCAAGACUAAUGGGCAAGCUGAAGAGGUCGAGAGUUGUAACCUUGAGAUGGAGAAAGCAUGUUUGGAGACAAAGCUUCAAUUGCAACAACUUGAAGAACUUAGAUUUGAAGCUUACGAGAACUCUCGCAUCUAUAAGGAGAAAACUAAGUAA